UUUCAAUAGUUAUCGCGCGGAGAAAAACUCGCCGCUUGGAAGACGAGUGCGAGGAGCGAGCGGCUUGAGCGGGACGGACGUUAUAAGAAAGAAGUAAUAAAAAAAUCAGUAGUGUGUGCGUGGUCGGAGCGUGGUGGCAUAGGGCGGCGAUGCAGGCCCCUCCCUACGGCCCGCCGCCUGGCGCUCCGCCGCCGCCUCAGUCGAGUCGACAUCGCGCCGCGCCGCACCGGUCCGCUCGAAACGCCUCGUCGCCGCGCGCGUAAAAAGUUUCUUCGCACUGAAACUUCUAACGCGACGAAUACGCGCCUAAACAUAUUGACGAACAUUGUUUGCUUCGUUACUAGAGCUCAAUAGAUAGUUUGUGAUCUUUAUUUGUUGGUGUUUUUAUUUUGUAAACAACUUGUAGCUCCUGAAACUGAAAACACUGAUUAACUUUGACAAUUGAAAAGGGAUUAUAAGAGUUAAGGUCGUAUCUGGACUAUGUUCUGCAUCAAUGGGAUGCGCGGACGGUGACGUCGUGUUGAGCUGUGGUCGUGGGGUCGGUCUGGGGGCGAGCGGGGCCAACUUGAUGCUGCUGCAGCGUGAGCGCGAGCGGGCCGCCAUGGAGGAGGAUUGCUCGGCGCGGCCGUGCGCCACGGACUUCUCCAUCGCAGCCAUCAUGGCCCGCGACCGCCAGGAGCGCCGCGAGCGCAGGAGGCACAGGGACCCCAGGGAGGACACCUUGACGCCAUUAGAAAAAUUCGUAGAUGCAGCAGCGUCCGGCUCCGGAUCGCCGUCGCCACCUCUCGCUGAGUACGAGCGAGAUUCCCCCGUCGACGUCUCGUCCACGUCCGAGGCGGGAUCGGCGAGCGGCGCGGCCGGCGGCUCGCGCGCGCUGUCGCCGCCGCCGCGCAACCCCCAGCUGGCCGAGCGGUGGUCCAGCGACGAGAUGAGGCACAUACAGUGCCAUCUCGAGACGAAGGAGCUGUGGGACAAGUUCAACGAACUUGGCACGGAGAUGAUUAUUACGAAAACUGGCAGACGUAUGUUCCCGACGGUGCGCGUGUCUUUCGCGGGGUGCCGUGCGGAGGCGCGCUACGCGGUGCUGCUGGACGUGGUGCCGGUGGACGGCAAGCGCUACCGCUACGCCUACCACCGCUCCUCGUGGCUGGUAGCGGGCAAGGCGGACCCGCCCGCGCCCGCGCGCCUCUACCCGCACCCCGACUCGCCCUUCUCCGGCGACCAGUUACGCAAGCAGGUCGUCUCCUUCGAGAAGGUCAAACUUACCAACAAUGAGAUGGACAAAAAUGGACAAUUGGUGUUAAACUCGAUGCACAAGUACCAGCCCCGGAUCCACCUGGUGCUGCGACGCGAGGGCGCCAUCAACGCGCCGAUCACAGACCUGGAACAAGAAGAGUUCAAAACGUUCAUCUUCCCGGAGUGUGUCUUCACCGCCGUCACCGCCUACCAGAAUCAACUUAUCACGAAACUGAAAAUCGACAGUAAUCCAUUCGCGAAAGGGUUCCGCGACUCGUCACGUCUCACUGAAUUCGAGAGAUUUUAUAUCACGGGAGAGCACGAAAGAUCAUCAGUCUUCCCCGAUGAGGCGCGCUUCAACGCCGCUAAUCAUAGAGAGACAAUGGAGUCGAUGCUAGCGGAGCAACACUAUCUGCGCUCGCCGCUCCGACCCUUCGAUUUGGACCAGCACAAUAACAACCUGACUCUAGAGGAGAAGGCUAUUCUGGCGGCGCGUUCGCAGCUUUUCCUGAGGGCGGCGUACCCGCUGUACGGUGUACCGGCGGCGGCGCUGUGGGGGCAGUGGGCCUGCCUGGCGCCGCAGCUGCUGGCGCAGCAGCACCUCGCCGCGUCUGGCUCGGGGCUGCAGCUACCGCGGCCCGUGUACCCGGGCGGCGCGGCGGCGCCCUCGCCGCUCGCGCAGCACCGUUUCUCGCCGUACCCUCCGCGGCGGGCCUCGCCCGGCUCCUCGCCCGACUCGCUCCGCGACGCCAGCCCACACCCCCUGCCGCUGCCCCCGCACCCACCGCACACUCCCCAUCCACCGCACAGUCCCACUUAGUGCUAAGCCAAUAAAUAUAUAAUCUCCAAGAUCUCUGUAGGAGCGAUAUCGUUGGAAGGUCCUCGCUAGGAUGGCUGCGCGGCGGUGUCGGGUGGAGGCGCGCGCGCACGUUCCACUGACUUUAACGACGUGGGUUAUUAGCAUUGUGCUGACUCGAGUGAACAUACCCACUGUAUCGCGAAUGCAUUUAAGAAUAGAACUUGCGCUUUACAUGUGUUGUGAAAAUCUGCGUAUCAUAGAAGCAUCGGGAUCCUUCACUUUUUGACAUUUGUAACGAUGUCCCUUUCGUUAUUUGCGGACUCUUGUAUUAUAUUGUAAAAACAUAUUUAAUUUAGUCGUAUUUAAUAUUGUUACGAUAUGUUCCUAAUAGUUUCGUCUCGUAGUGAUGGUUUCAGCAAAAUUUCGUGUUAUAGUUAUAGCCAAUUAGGGUUUAAUAAAGGCAUUAAAUGACAGUAUUUGAAUCUAAUUGGAUUUAGUUAGUGCGAUUUUUCACAAGUUUGUUUCCUCGAAUACGUUUGCUGUUCUGAGCACCUGAUUUCACAUAUUAGGUAAAAUGUGCAAUACAUCAAAAUACUAAAUUGUUUUAGAAAGCCUAGGUGUUAAUUGUAAGGAUAGAUGUAUUAAAUAAAUUGUAGAAAUGAUAUUUAGUGCCGCGAGGAUGUUUCGAAAGCUGGAAUGGUUUACAGCGGACACAUAGAAGUACCUACAUAGAUACAUUGUAGUUAAAUUAUAGUUAUUAUUAUCUAUGAAUAAUAUAUUGCUAAACGAAAAAAAUUAAAUGUUUGUUAACAUAAA